GUGUAGUUUUGUAAAUAAAAUUACAAGUUAAAAAUAUAUAAAUAUUAUAAUUAUUGCAUGUUUUUAAUUCAUAUUCUCCUUGCAAUUCCCAAAAUGACUUUCUUUAUGUUAUUCAUAGGCAAUCCAAAGGGUUUUGUAACCUUUUUGGACCAACAUGAGUUGCCCAGAGGAUUGCUACCACGCUAUAGAGGGAACAGACUACAUAUACUUUUUCACACAUGUGGUAUUUUGAUCCAUCAUUAUGCCAUAUUGAAGAUAUUUCUGUGUUCUGGCUUGGCGUUAUGUGGAGGUCUGCGAAAUAGUUUGUUUCAAGACUUUACAUCUGAAAUAGGUAUCCGUGAGUUGUGUGUUUUAGCUUUAAUUGGAAAGCUACUUUCUGGCUCUUGGAUGACAAAAUUUUAUAUUGCACCAGGUACAGGACUUGACUACAUAUCUGGCAUUCAGGUAGUAAAAGAUGUUAGGAACACUCUUAUUGAGAGCAGCAAGAAUCCCUUAUCUCUACUUAAACGAAAAACUGAUUUCUUUGGUAAUGAUAUUAAAGAUGUUGUUUUUGAUUUAAUAAUCAGCUUUUGCCCAGUAUCUAAUGAAGUGAGUAAGGCAUUAGGUGAUUGUCUUAAUGCUGUUAUUAGCGUCAUUGACAGGCAGUACAAGCGUCAGUUCGAAAUGAGUUCUAAUGAUCUUCUUAAAGACCAGACUAAGUCAGCUAGGCUUCACAACAUUGAUUCAGAAGAACUUAUGGGUAUGUUUAGCGCUGCAAAGCACAAAGCUCCUAAUGCUACUCUUUGUUUUCUUUCUUCGAAACUUCGUGCUUGUAAAAAUAAAACAACUGCUCUGCUUUGUAAAAAGCCAACUGAUACUCAAAACAAGUUGAUAUUAUGGGUUAUCUCUAAUGCCAGGAAAAAUCAAUUUACAAGUAUGCAAUGUCAUAAUGAACUGAAGUUAGAACUGCUAAAACGAAUGGCAGAUAAAAUUCAGAAAAGGGAGGACAAAGACCGCAGAAAGGUAAAAAAAAUAUUAAAAAUAUGCAUGCCCGAUCAGGUAAAAGAAAUGUUUCCUGACCUAGAAAAUAACAAAUGUUAA